UCCUUAUUCAACUUCAAAUUAUAGUCUGCCGGCUCUGCAUUUAUGCUCAGUCACUCCAGACACAUAAUUACCACCCAGAGCGAUUUACAAAGCUACAGACAAGAUGCCGUGUGUCAGCUCCUACAUGGGCCAGAUGAAGAUGUCUCAUGGUCUUAGUCAUGUGCUAGAGACAGCCAUCAUGGUGGAGCAGAUCCUGUCGGAGUUCAGGCUGAAGAAGGAGCAGUUGAAAGAGGUGAUGAAGAGGAUGAUGAGCGAGAUGGACCGGGGACUGCGGGUCGAGACACACCAGGAGGCCAGCGUCAAAAUGUUGCCCACAUAUGUCUGCUCCACCCCUGAGGGAUCAGAGGUGGGUGAUUUCCUGGCCCUGGACCUAGGUGGGACUAACUUCCGUGUGAUGUUGGUGAAGGUGGGGGAAGAUGAGGAGAGAGGGUGGAAGGUGGAGACCAAACACCAAAUGUACUCCAUCCCCGAGGACGCCAUGACCGGUACGGCCGAAAUGCUCUUUGAUUACAUUGCGGAGUGCAUUUCGGACUUCCUGAACAUACAACACAUCAAACACAAGAAGCUUCCUCUGGGCUUCACGUUCUCCUUCCCAGUUCGACACGAGGACAUAGACAAGGGCAUCCUACUGAACUGGACAAAAGGGUUCAAGGCAUCUGGAGCUGAGGGCAACAAUGUUGUGGGGCUGCUGAGAGAUGCCAUCAAGAGGAGAGGGGAUUUUGAGAUGGAUGUUGUUGCCAUGGUGAACGAUACAGUCGCCACCAUGAUAUCUUGCUACUACGAGGACCGCAGUUGCGAAGUUGGAAUGAUUGUUGGUACUGGGUGUAACGCGUGCUACAUGGAGGAGAUGCGGACAGUGGAGCUGGUGGAAGGGGAGGAGGGGAGGAUGUGUGUGAACACUGAGUGGGGGGCGUUCGGAGCUAACGGGGAGCUGGAGGAGUUCAGACUGGAGUACGACAGAGUGGUGGAUGAAACUUCACUCAACCCUGGGCAGCAACUCUAUGAGAAGUUGAUCAGCGGGAAAUACAUGGGCGAGCUGGUGAGGCUGGUGCUGGUCAAGCUGGUGAACGAAGAGCUGUUGUUUAAAGGCGAGGCCUCUGACCUGCUGAAGACUCGCGGUGCCUUUGAGACACGCUACGUGUCCCAGAUAGAAAGUGACUCUGGAGACAGAAAGCAGAUCUACAACAUCCUGUCCACGCUGGGCGUGUUGCCCUCAGAGCUGGAUUGUGACAUAGUGCGCUUGGCAUGUGAGAGCGUGUCCACGCGGGCAGCACACAUGUGCGGGGCAGGUCUAGCCGGCGUCAUCAACCGCAUGAGAGAACGUCGCAGCCAGGAGGCGCUGAAGAUCACUGUGGGUGUUGAUGGCUCUGUCUACAAACUCCACCCUUGUUUCCAGCAUAGGUUCCACAACGUUGUACGGGAGCUCACGCCUCACUGUGACAUCACUUUCAUCCAGUCAGAGGAAGGGAGUGGCCGAGGGGCGGCGCUUAUCUCUGCAGUAGCCUGUAAGAUGGCAGCGUGCAUGCUGACUCAGUGAGAGGGUUCUAACAGCCUUCUUCCUGAAAGAACCAGGUUGAACUCUUAACACCCUACAGUAAAUUUCCUCUUCAAAUAGGGUCGCCCACUUCUGACCUCUGCCUGAAGCACUCACAGAGUAAAGCCUCACUUUUCGAUGGUGAAGGACUCACAGCACAAACAACCGAGGAAGAAUAAAUCAGAACUUUUCCCAGUGUAUUAAAUAUAUGUGUUUUUGAACUGAUAAGCCUCUGCAUAUUCACUGAUGUCCCAGAAUUCAUAUAUAUGAUAUAUCACAGCAAGUUCUGCACCCUUCAAUUUUCUCCAGCUACCACUAAUUUCAGGUGUUUGAAGCCUGAUUAAAACGGUAAUAUGAUAUUCAUGUAAGAAGGAUUGACAAUCAUUCAUGACAUCUAACAUAUGCAUUACUUUUUUUUGCUAAUGUCCAUACACUACGUAGCUAGUAAUACCUCAGAUAUAUAGGAUUGUCCGUUUAAAAUUCAUUAAGGUGUACAUGUAUCUUUCAACUACUCUUUUUGGGAAGUUUUAUUGGUGUAUUUAUAAAAUAUGAGUAUUGUAAAUGUGAUAAGCUUAAAGAACUUAAUUCCAGGUCUAAAGUGUUCUUUCAUUGCCAUUGGCCCGGAGUGAGAUUUUCUGAGCUUCUCAUCAUGGUUUAGCUGUUCAAUUAAAUACAGAUGGGCACCUGUCAAGGCUAAUCAGCUGAAUAAUCGUAUCCUCACUCAUAAUGAUCUGACUGACUUCCUGGAAUUCCCAUUGGAAUUGUGGAUCAAUUGCCUUUAGUCUGGAUCUUCUGCUCCCCGAGCCCAUUGGGAGCUGCAGCAAUGAAACGGAGUUGUAUUGGUACAAAGUGAAACCCCAAAUUUAAAAAGGAGAAGAAAGUCUGGGAAUGUGCUUUAUAAUGUGACCAUGAUUGUUGUAAAUAAAGUUGCUAU